AGUCAAAACAUAACCUUGUUUUUUAGCAGUCUGUUGUGUUUUAUGUCCUAUGUCGUGACUAUUUUGUUAUUAAUUACCAUCGUAAUAACUUCUUGCAGUUUUUAAUAUCGUAUUUUAGUAACAGAUAAAGCAAAGAUUUCUUGACAGUUUUAGUCAUGUACAAAGGACACGAAGCGGAUUCACCUGCUGAACUUGAAUGUCAGUUUAUUUUGCGUUUACCAGAAGAGCCAGGCCGAGCACUUAGAGAGGCCAUUAGAAGCAACAGCACUCUAAAAGAUCGGUUGACCAUCAAAAUAGAAAAUGACAUGCGACAUGGUGAAGUACGAGUGGACCAUUGGCUUUUGCCAGCAAAAGUAAUGGAUCUUCCCACAAUUAUUGAGUCUUUGAAAACGAUUGAUUCUAAAGGUUUUUAUAAAACUGCUGACAUUUGUCAGAUGUUAAUAUGUAAAGAAGAAGAUGAUCAAGCUACUACAGAUGAGGAUUCUCCACAGAAAACAAAAAGAAAAGAUCCAAAUAAAGUGGAAAAGAAAUACUUAAUGCCGCAUGGAGUAACACCCCCUGCAAAAAAUGUAAGGAAGAGGAGAUUUAGAAAAACUCUAAAAAAGAAAUAUGUGGAAGCUCCAGAAAUAGAAAAAGAAGUUAAAAGAUUACUUCGAAUAGAUAAUGAUGCUGUCAGUGUUAAAUGGGAAGUAAUUAAUGAAGACGAUGAAAAUAAAGUUAAUAAGGGUACAGUUAUUAAGAAAGAACCAGCUGAAGUUCCUAAUCAAAAUGUUGCCGAACAUGACAUUUUUGGUGGAGCAGUGAGUGACUCAGAGGAGGAAGAUGCUCAUUUAAAUGUACUUGAGUUGGAUGAAAAUAGUCAAAAUUCAGCUGAAGAUAGUCAUUUGACAGAUUCAAAUUCAGUAAUGAUGAAUGCAGCAAAUUCCAAACUUUUAACCGAGUUUACUAGUGAUAUGUUCCGAGAUAUACAAAAUUCACCUUCACUUAUGCAAGAAAUGGACUACUAUCAACAAUCAUCCAGUAAUAUAUCAUACAGUGAACAGAAUUUAACUAAAAGCAAUAUUAUGGCUAGAUUAGAUGAACUGCAACUGGAAUUGGCUGAUUUAAAAAUGCGGCGUCAACAUCAAGAAAUGGAAAUUGAAAAUAUUGAAAAUAUUGCUCUAAGACAAAGAUUCCAAAACAUUUUAGAACGGUUACUCCAGGAACAGAUAGAAAAAGAACAGGAAAAAUACAGUUUAGAGGAGCUUUUAAAACAGCAACAAGAAUAGAAGGAAAUAUUAAGUUAUUAAUUAGUGAAAUUUUGAUCAAUAAUGAAAUCAGCAAUAUGUUGUUUAUAAGUUUGAUUUUUAUAUAAGUUUGAAUACUAUUGUAGACCUUGUACAUAAAUUAUUAUUAUUAAAGUCUCGGUUUUUUUUUCACAUGUAUUUUAGAAUUUUUCAGUGUUUGCUGAUAAACUGUGUAUUAGUA